AUGUGGUUUCCGCGUUUCUUUUUUUUUUUUUUAAAGACGUUUUAUGCUGCCUUUUCUUUGCAUGGCCCGAAACCUUCCGAUCGACUCUUCUUUUACCGACUCUUAUUGACGUCUUUCUGUUCCUGCUUGAUUACAUUUAUUAAACAAUCUUUCUCUCUCUCUCUCUCUCUCUCUCUCUCUGAACAAUCUACCUCAGUCCACUUCCUAAUAUCUAUCUAUCUAUCUAUCUAUCUAUCUAUCUAUCUAUCUAUCUAUCUAUCUACCAGUCUGUUCAUUAUCUAUCUAUCUAUCUAUCUAUCUAUCUAUCUAUCUAUCUAUCUAUCUAUCUAUCUAUCUAUUCUUGUCUCAUUCUGUUCAUAUCUAUCUAUCUAUCUAUCUAUCUAUCUAUCUAUCUAUCUAUCUAUCUAUCUAUCUAUCAGUCUGUUCAUUAUCUAUCUAUCUAUCUAUCUAUCUAUCUAUCUAUCUAUCUAUCUGUUCUUGUCUCAUUCUGUUCAUAUCUAUCUAUCUAUCUAUCUAUCUAUCUAUCUGUUCAUUAUCUAUCUAUCUAUCUAUCUAUCUAUCUAUCUAUCUAUCUGUUCUUGUCUCAUUCUGUUCACAUCUAUCUAUCUAUCUAUCUAUCUAUCUAUCUAUUCUAUCUAUCAUUCAUCUAUCUAUCUAUCUAUCUAUCUAUGGUAUCACAAUCAUAUCUAUCUAUCUAAACAUCUAUCUAUCUAUCUAUCUAUGCUAUCACAAUCAUACGCCAAACAGAAGCCACGUAAAACGACAUUUAAUAGUGCCUAA